GGAGAGCCUGGGUAUAAGAAGGAUUUCGAGUGUGCGGUGGAUACAAAUUUCCCAUUUUUUCAUCAUGGAGAACGAUGUUUUGGAUGCGUUAGAAGAUUUAGGUUACAAAGGCCCUUUGCUGGGAGAUGAUGGAGGCCCAGCUCUAUUGAAAGCUGUUGAGGGCGACAUUUUGAGUUAUGACUUCAUGUCUCUAUGUCAUUGGUUGAGCAACCAGCUCAAAGAAGUUUGCAGUCUUGGGGAGAGUGUAUCAGAUAUUGAUGACCAAGAAACCUUCAAACUUGAAAUAAGUGGAAUGCUACGAGAGCUAGGUUGUCCACAUGCUCAGUUGAUGGGUACUAAUGGAAUGGCAAACCCAUACCACCGCCUGCUGCUUCUAGAUUACCUGACAUCAGAGGUGCAGGCAUGUAGGAUUAUGGGUGGGGUUGGUGCAGAGAAAAUGGAAAUUGAUGAGCAGGCUGUUAGUCCAGUUUUCCAGCAGAUAAAUGCCAUUCUUGCAGUACUUGAGCUCCCUGCGCCAACCAAAGAUGCUACAGUCUUCGGCAUUUUCUCGCAGAUAGAAAACAAAAUUCGUGGGAUUUUGAGCAAGGUUCCUAAAGACUACAUGGGCAAUCCUUUGCUGACAAAGAGGCUUGGGGAGGAGCAAUGGAGCAAGGUAGAGAAAAUUAAUGCCCAGCUGAACAGAGAAUACAGCCUGCGCCGUCAAAUGCUUUUGAAGCGGUGUGAUGUAACUAUCCAAUCUUUUGGCUGGUCUGACAGAGCUAAGACUAAAAAAGAUGAGAUGGUCGCAACCUUCACACCUGCUCGUAAAGAAAUGGCAGUAUCUGCUCCUGUUGCAAUUGCUGAUAUUGUUGCUGCUAGGACAGAUCUCUUGAGACAACCCCGGACUAGCACAGGAACAAUCAGAGAGCGAACCAAGUGUGCCAUCAACAGGAUCUUGAUGGGAAAGGUGCCUGAUCGAGGAGGUAGACCAUCCACCAUGACACCACCUCCACCUGAAAUGCCAGCAUUCAAGAGGAGACAGGACCCACCCAAAGACCAACGCCCACACAGUAGCCGUGGAGGUAGGGGGGGAGGCCGUGGUGGAAAAGUGCAGGGAGGCUGGUCAGGUGAUCGUGGAGGUGGACGUGGGGGGCGCGGUGGCUGGAGAGGUGGUGGAAGGAGAGAUGGCGGAGGAGGGAACCCUUUUGGAGGAGACGGUGGACAGGACAGGACUGUCUACUACAGCUGAUGAAUGGGAAAUAUGAAUAAUUGAAUGUUAAAAUAGCGGUAGGCUUUAUGCAAAUAAAAUAUAAUUAUAGAUUCAUUCAA